UAAGAUCACACGCACGUCUUUUUACUCGUCACCAAACCAUCCGAAAAUCCAUUAUCCAAACCAGUGCAUUUAUCCUAAAUCUACAUUAUUUUGGUCCGUUCGAUUCCGGAUUUGGAUAAAUCGUGUUUUAAGCAGAUUUCCGAGCGAAUUUAGUGAUGGUUUUCGUUGUUUCAGCAUGACAUCAGCCGAAGAAGCAAAGCACAAAGGAAGAACAGAAAAACCUAUUGUUGGAUGAAUGUAUGCAUAAGUGGGGGAAAUAUCCUUUGUGAAACUCUUGCAAGUGAACCCCAAUGAGUGAGAAAAGGAAAACAAAUAGUGAGAAAAAACGAGAUAGUGAUACUCCCAAGCCAGUUAUUGAAAACAUACAACCACGACAGCUGGUUGAGUGUAGCGAAGAAAAUUUUGGAGAAGUGGAAUUUGGUUCAAAUAGCAGUGUGUUAGUGCCAGCGCAAGCCGCAGAAAAACGAAGCAUGAAGAAGCAACUGCUGCUAUUAAUGGAUCGCCGUGAUCGCAUAGUUCGGAAAUUGCUGCGCGUGCAGGAUUCAAUCGAAAAUGAGGCAGAACCAAACAUCCAUCGUCUCAAUCUGCAUCUCGAAACAGUUCGUCGUUGCUACGAUGAUUUCGAAUCCACACAUGAAGCCAUUUUUGGCCAAGUACCGGCAGAAGAAAAAGAUGACGUAGAAUCGGAAUAUACUAAUUUUGAGAACUUGCACGACGGACUUUAUGUACGAUUGCAGACGAUGAUAGCCGACAUGAAGAAUGCUCCCGUUAUGAAUCCUGCCGCCCUUGAAUUUCAGCCCAAGCCACAGCCAAUUAAUCCGAUUGCUCACCUCCAGGUUCCGCUCCCUACAUUCGAUGGUAAGCUAGAAAAUUGGUUUUCUUUUAAAUGCAUGUUCCAAACAAUCAUGAAUCGCUACCCGAAUGAAUCCCCUGCAAUCAAGUUGUAUCACCUCAAAAAUUCCUUGAUCGGUGGUGCAGCUGGGAAGAUUGAUCAAGAUGUGAUCAAUAACAAUGAUUAUGAAUCGGCAUGGCGUCUGCUGGAAGACGCAUAUGAGGAUGAACGACUCAUUAUCGACACCCACAUCGACGCUUUAUUGGAAUUGCCAAAAUUAGCCAAAGAAAACGGUGAUGAGUUGCGCAAGUUAGUAGAAGCACUAACGAAACAUGUCGAUGCUUUAAAAAAUCGGAAUCUCCCUGUGGAGGGACUAUCGGAAAUGAUGCUGAUUAAUGUUGUUGGCAAAUGUAUGGAUCGAGAAACGAGGAAACUUUGGGAAUCUUCGAUGAAAAGUGGAUCAUUGCCGAGCUACCAGCAAUUAGUCGAAUUCCUGAAGGAACGGAGCCGAGUUUUGCAGAAACUUCAAGGUCAAGCUCAACAGCCAACCAACACAUCAGCAUCAAGGAGCAAGCAAGCAAAAGUGUUUGUGCAAUCGACGAGCGAAGCAUGUCCUUGCUGUAAAGGUGAGUCAUCCAUUUAUAAAUGUCUCUCGUUUAAGAAACUAUCAGCAAAGGAACGAUUCGAGAGAGUAAAGAAGGCGGGUCUUUGCUUUAAUUGUCUGCGUAAAGGCCACCGCACAGCUCGAUGCAAAACGGAUCAAUGUUGCAAAAGUUGUGGUAAGCCACAUCACACUCUCUUGCAUUUGAGCGAAAGUACGUCAACGCAAUUUGAUAACUCUCCGAAUCCAAGCACAUUCACUCACCAAUACAACAAGAAACACGAUGGAACAGCUGACACGCAAAUUGUUAACUGCUGCACGCAAACUCAAGCAACUGCUGAACAGAUUUUUCUCUCGACUGCUGUAGUAUUGGUUGCCGGUGCUGGCAACAGGAAAUUCGAAUGCAGAGCUUUGCUUGAUUGCUGCUCCGAGGCAAAUUUGAUAACCGAGAAUUUAGCUGCAAAAUUGAAUAUCACACCCACCGAUUUGAAUCCACCGAUUACAAUCUGCGGAUUGAAUGGCAUGAAGACGAUGUCAUGCAAGACUGUUCGGACGAAUGUUUCGUCGCGAUAUCGAGCCUUUUCUGCCAGUCUGGAUUUUUUAAUCACCCCUUCGAUAACUGAGCUGCCUACAGGUAAAGUAGACAUUAAUUCUUGGAACUUUCCUCGAGAUUUUGAACUCGCCGAUCCUUCUUUUAACGUUCCACGCGAGGUGGACAUGAUAAUCGGCGUAGAAGUUUUCUAUGACGUUCUGAAGAAAGGACGAAUGAAAAUCGGUAGCAACCUUCCUACUCUCGCUGAAACUGUGUUCGGCUGGGUUGUUAGCGGUUCAGCAAAGACAACAAAUAAACGAUCCUCGCAGCGUGUUUGCCAAGUGAACACCACCCAUGACGAUGUUAAUCGAACGCUUAUGAAGUUUUGGGAGCUCGAAAAUUGUUGUAACUCUUCUACUAUGACUGCGGUGGAACGCGCCGUAGAAAAGCAUUUUGAAGAAACGCACCGUCGUUCAUCUGAUGGCCGUUUUAUCGUGCGCAUGCCUUUUAAUGUUCUCAGGAGUCAACUAGGCGAUUCCUUUGAAACUGCCAAGCAAAGAUUCAACAAGCUUAUGGUGAGUCUUUCUAGAAAUCCUGCCAAGCGGGAACAAUACGAGAAUUUCAUGAACGAAUAUCUGGCCUUCGGCCACAUGAAGGAAGUUAAUGACAGUCCCAAGGAAUGUUACUUCCUACCGCACCAUGCGGUCUUUAAGGAAUCAAGUUCCACCACGAAGAUUCGAGUCGUGUUCGACGCUUCGGCGGCGUCGUCAACAGGCAUUUCGCUGAAUGACACCCCAUUCUGCAUUCAUCAGGUGGUUCUGACAGCCGAUAUUCCCAAGAUGUACCGUCAAGUUCAGAUCCAUGAAGACGAUAGACGAUUUCAGCGUAUCUUAUGGCUCAAAGAGAAGGGUGAAAUGUCUACUUUCGAAUUAUCGACGGUCACAUAUGGUUGCUCAAGUGCGCCCUAUUUGGCAACACGAUCGCUAAUCCAGUUGGCAUCUGAUGAAUCAGAAACAUUCCCGCUCGCGGCGGAAGUAAUUCGAAAAGACAGCUACAUAGAUGAUUUCAUUACGGGUGGCAAAACAAUUGCUGACGUAAUUGAAAUAUACAAGCAGCUCAACGGAAUUCUCGAGAAAGGUGGUUUUGGUGUCCACAAGUUCUGCUCCAACAGCGAAGAAGUUUUAAAAAUGAUUCCCGCAGAACUUCAAGAAAAGCAGAUGGAUUUUGAAGGAUCGGACAUCAACAACACAAUCAAGACACUUGGACUGAUAUGGAAUCCGAGUGAAGACUACUUCGUGUUCAACGUACCACCGCUAGACAGCAGCAUCAAACCGACGAAGCGCAUAGUUUUGGCCGAAAUUGGACGUCUCUUCGACCCACUGGGAUUUUUAGGUCCAGUGGUGACUUUGGCGAAACUAACUAUGCAAGAACUAUGGCGAUUGAAAAUGGAUUGGGAAGAUGAACUUCCACAAGAGCAACUGGACAUCUGGAAAUCGUUCCGGCAACAAUUGUGUUCAGUGAAGAAUAUUCGGAAGCAACGAUGUGUUAUUCCUGGAAAAGUAAAAAGUGUUGAACUACACGGGUAUUGUGACGCCUCUAAGGUCGCUUACGGUGCCUGCCUGUAUGUUCGAAGUUUAACUGAAAAUGAAGAAAUCGAAGUACGUUUGAUCUGCAGUAAAUCCCGUGUCGCACCACUCAAGCCUAUGACCAUCCCUCGACUGGAACUCUGCGGAGCCCUCUUGUUGGCUCAACUUACAAAGAAGGUGAAAGAAGCUCUCAACAUUAAAUUCGACAGUGUUACGCUUUGGUCAGACUCACAAAUCGUUCUGAGUUGGCUGAAGAAAAGUACAUUAACGUUAAAUGAAUUUGUAUGCAAUCGAGUGGCUACUAUCGUAGAGUUUACUCACGAUUACGAAUGGAGAUUUGUACGAUCCCAAUGCAAUCCAGCAGAUUCUUUAUCCCGUGGAGAGUUUCCAGAGCAACUUUUGGAGAACGAGCAGUGGUGGACAGGCCCAGUAGCACUACACAAAAUGGAAUCGAUUGAAGAACCCACUUUUGAGAUUCUUGCAAUUGAAAGUCUGCCCGAAAUACGAAAGGUGAAACACACGCUGAUAAUGGCUCCAAAGCAACAACCAUUUGAUUUGUCACGUCUAAGCAACUUUAACCGAUUGAACCGAGCGUGGGGAUACGUGUUGAGGUUUAUUGCCAACAAAUGCACCAAGAUGAAGAAUUAUGAGCCACUUACAGCAGAAGAGCUUUCCAGAGCAUCCCGCAUAAUUUGCAGAUUAGUUCAGAAUCAAGCAUUCGGCGAUCUUAAAAAGUAUUUGUCAUCAGGUUCUAUGAAACGAAUCAACUAUUCAAGUUUGGCACCAUUUAUCGACGAAGACGGAUUGAUUCGAGUUGGAGGUAGAUUGAAAUAUUCUGACAUUCCUUAUGACGGUAAGCAUCAAAUCCUUAUGCCAGAAAAGCAUCCUAUAACGGAAAUGAUAGUUCGUCAUUUGCACGAGAAGCACUUCCAUGUCGGGCACAGUGGCCUGCUCUCGUUCGUGCGCCAGUCUUUCUGGCCAAUCAAAGCUAAGUCAGUCAUCAAGAAAGUCAUUGGAAGAUGCUAUCGCUGUUUUAAAUGUAAACCUCCACAACCGCAGCAAUACAUGGGCAAUUUACCAAGCUAUCGUGUCACGCCAGCCCCACCUUUCAGUCGUACAGGUGUCGAUUUUGCUGGUCCGUUUGUUCUCAGGGAAGGAGGACGAAAGCCGAAGUACUACAACUCCUACGUCGCAGUAUUCGUAUGUAUGACAACCAAGGCACUGCACUUCGAGCUCGUGACAGAUAUGCGGACGGAAACUUUUAUCGCUGCGCUUCAACGCUUUAAUGGUCGUCGUGGUUUUCCGUGUGAUAUGUACUCGGAUAACGGAACAACGUUUGUGGGAGCGAACCACGAACUUGCAGCCUUGCGGAAAUUAUUUGAAGAUCAACUCCACCAAAGAAAAUUGAAGGACUACUGUAGUUCUGAAGGCGUAACAUGGCAUUUUAUUCCGCCAAGAAGUCCUCACUUUGGAGGCAUCUGGGAGGCUGGAGUAAAAUCGAUGAAAUAUCUGAUGAAACGUGUUGUUGGCGAAACGCGUUUAACCUACGAAGAAAUGUAUACAUUCCUGGUCCAAGCAGAGGCAAUCCUCAAUUCACGUCCGUUAUCGCCGUAUUCGGAUAAUCCUAACGAUUUUUGCGCUUUGACUCCAUCACAUUUUUUGACUGGACGAUCCUAA